GCGGAGCACAGACAGAAGAGAGGUGAAGAGGUUGGACCCGAAGGAGAGUUGGACCCGAAGGAGAGUUGGACCCGAAGGGGAGUUGAACCCAAAGAGGAGUUGGACAAGCUUUAAUAAAACAUAAUUUAAACAUAGCUGGCUAAAUCGUAACCUCUCGCUUUGAACUUAGAUUUGUGAAACAACGCGUUUUUUUUCUCCAAAGUUCACGGACAUGUUUGAGAAGAUCGCUCGUAGUUAUUAACUUGUUACCGGUGUUUACGGUGUCUACCACCACCACCCCGGUGUACCCGUUACCCCUCCAGCCCCUGGGCCCUGUCUCUCUCUCUUCUGCCUCUCAGCUAACCUCGAUCUGGGAAAGAUGGUGUCGUGGAUGAUCUCCAGAAGCGUUGUGCUCGUCUUCGGGACCCUGUAUCCUGCAUACUAUUCCUACAAAGCAGUGAAAACCAAAAAUGUCAAGGAAUAUGUCCGUUGGAUGAUGUACUGGAUUGUGUUUGCUCUCUACACCGUAGUGGAGACAAUCACAGACCUCACUGUAGCCUGGUUCCCCCUGUACUAUGAGAUUAAGAUCGCAUUUGUUAUCUGGUUGCUGUCUCCCUACACCAGAGGAGCUAGUCUCAUCUACAGGAAGUGUCUCCAUCCUCUACUGUCCUCAAGAGAGAGGGAGAUAGAUGAGUACAUUGUCCAGGCCAAGGAGCGCAGCUACGAGACCAUGGUGACCUUCGGCAAGCAGGGCCUAAGUAUAGCUGCUACUGCAGCUGUCUCCGCAGCUGUCAAGGGCCAGGGGGCGAUCACAGAGAAGCUGAGGAGCUUCAGUAUGCACGACCUGACUCAGAUACCCCUCGACGACGCAGCAGCCAAUCAGAUCUAUACGGCCCAUGCCGGCAACCCUGCCGUGAGCAGGAGGGCGCUCGCCGCAAACUCGACCGACAGAACAGAGUACCCUGUCUAUGAUCAGGAGGACAGGACAGACGAGGAGGGGGAACAACUUUUCUCAGAGGACGAGGCCGUCACCCAGAGAGGUCUGAGGAGGUCCCAGAGUGUCAAGAUCGUGCGCUCUAAAGCCCGCAAAGAUGCCCGUUAUGGAUCUCUGAAGAUCAAAGGGAAGCGGAGGCCGGUUCUGACUGCUGCGACCUACAGUGCCAUGUAAUGUCCAGGAGACGUGACUGCUGGCUGGUGCCAUGGAUGGGUUUCCUUCUGUAGUGCUCUACUGUUGACCAGAGCACGGUGGGUCCUGGCUAAAAGUAGCCAACAGUAGUGCAUUAUGGCCAACAGUAGUGCAUUAUGGGCCCUGGCCAACAGUAGUGCACUAGAAUGGGAAUAGGCUUUUUGGGACGGACCAGGAAAUCAGUCAACAAUUCAGGAAGGACGACUGACGGCUCCAACAUCCAUAUCAGUGACUCGCUACGGACAUGUUUGGCCGUCCAUUCUGUGGAGAACGAUGCUGUGGAACUGUUCUCCUGGGCCUUUAAAACUGUCCUGGGGUCUAAUGCUAUUCACGCUGGGAGCGUCUGUCUUUUUAAAACUGUCCUGGGGUCUAAUGCUAUUCACGCUGGGAGCGUCUGUCUUUUAAAACUGUCCUGGGGUCUAAUUCUAUUCACACUGGGAGCGUCUGUCUUUUUAAAACUGUCCUGGGGUCUAAUUCUAUUCACGCUGGGAGCGUCUGUCUUUUUAAACUGUCCUGGGGUCUAAUUCUAUUCACGCUGGGAGCGUCUGUCUUUUUAAACUGUCCUGGGGUCUAAUUCUAUUCACGCUGGGAGCAUCUGUCUUUUUAAAACUGUCCUGGGGUCUAAUGCUAUUCACGCUGGGAGCGUCUGUCUUUUAAAACUGUCCUGGGGUCUAAUUCUAUUCACACUGGGAGCGUCUGUCUUUUUAAAACUGUCCUGGGGUCUAAUUCUAUUCACGCUGGGAGCGUCUGUCUUUUUAAACUGUCCUGGGGUCUAAUUCUAUUCACGCUGGGAGCGUCUGUCUUUUUAAACUGUCCUGGGGUCUAAUGCUAUUCACGCUGGGAGCGUCUGUCUUUUUAAACUGUCCUGGGGUCUAAUGCUAUUCACGCUGGGAGCGUCUGUCUUUUUAAAACUGUCCUGGGGUCUAAUUCUAUUCACACUGGGAGCGUCUGUCUUUUUAAACUGUCCUGGGGUCUAAUUCUAUUCACGCUGGGAGCGUCUGUCUUUUUAAACUGUCCUGGGGUCUAAUUCUAUUCACGCUGGGAGCGUCUGUCUUUUUAAAACUGUCCUGGGGUCUAAUUCUAUUCACGCUGGGAGCAUCUGUCUUUUUUUUAAAUGAACCAUCAACUCACUAUAUUUAUUCCGUUAUUGUGACUGUGUGUGUCUGUAAAACAUCGUACAGCGGUAGCUGUACAGAAAGAAUCUUAAAGGUUUCCUGUCUUUUAGUCACAAGUCUUUUUGUUGCAUGGGUCUUAUUUUCUGGGGUGGUCGUUUUAAUGUUCGGAUGUGGACUUUUUAGGAUCUUGGCUUUAUUUUGUUGAGGGGUUAUAUAAUUCAUUUAUCUUCAAUUUGUCAUAUAUGCUGCCCUGUAUUUUGAGUUUAGCCUAUUUAAAUAGUAGAAUACAUUUAUAAUAGUGAUCAUUCUGGCACACUUAAAAAGAUUGUUACCAAGUAACAGCUGACCAAAAGUGUCCCUUAAUCCUUCCGGAGGAAUAAACCAAUGAUGAGAGAAAGGGAACAGAGAAGCCUGUUAGAUGUGUCCCAAAUGGCAUCAUUCCCUAUACAGGGCACUACCCAAUGGGCCCUGCUCUAAAGUAGUGCACUACGUAGGGAAUAGGGUGCCAUUAGGGAUGCAAACCCAAUGUUGAUGUAUGUUUGAAUGACUGUAUUUCCUGUUUUAGAUUUUGGAACAAAGCUUUUUUUUUUCUCAUAACCAAUGUUUUUUGCACCCUCUCUUCCAAAACGAUGUCCUUUUGUAAGGCUUUGAUGUCAUCUGUUUCAGAAUGUGUCCUGCUGCAUUCUGGGAUGCUUUUAACCAUGUGAUGAAAUCUAUUUAAUACCAAAGCUUUAUCUACUAAACCAGUGACCUCGGUCUGAUUCGUGUGGGAAUGUAUCAUAGAGGUGUUGUAAAUAAAUUUAUACAUUCAAAAA